CACCGCAGACGGAUACAUAACAAUUCACGCAUCGCAAAAGAUUGGGCAAACCAACCCUAUUUCGACAUUUCCUCCCCUUCCUCCUCACUCUCUAAUUAUUGCAUUCUUGAAAAAGUAAUUCUCAUGCUCUGUUUCUUGAGUAGACAGGGCACAGAUGCACACCUAUCCUUUUGAAUCUUACAAUGGCACUGGGAAAUUUGAUGUAUUUUUGGGUUGUGGCAGCAAAUUUGCUAGUGUUUUGUGGGUCUUUGGUAAAUGGUAAAGACAGCAGUGUUUGGGCAGUUGGGGACCCUGGCAUGCAAAGGGAUGGCCUGAGAGUUGCCUUUGAAGCUUGGAAUUUCUGCAAUGAAGUGGGCGAAGAAGCGCCUGGAAUGGGUAGCCCAAGAGCUGCUGAUUGCUUUGAUCUUUCAAGUGAAAAUGGUGACAAAUAUUCCUGUUUUUUGAACUUAAAAGCAUAUUUUUCUGUUACAUAUUUGGACCAUUCUCUGAUUCACAAAGUGACUGAGGGGGAUAACAAACUUGGGAUUGGGAAGCCAUUCCCGGGUUUGAAUCCAAAAGCACUGAACAAUCCAGACCUGUAUGCAGCGGAGAAGGAAAUAUAUUUGGGUUCGUUGUGUCAAGUUUCAGACACACCAAAACCAUGGCAAUUUUGGAUGGUCAUGUUGAAAAAUGGAAAUUAUGACACUAAAUCUGGUCUUUGUCCUGAAAAUGGGAAAAAAGUACCACCAUUUAAACCCGGAAGAUUUCCUUGUUUUGGAAGUGGAUGUAUGAAUCAGCCAGUCUUUUACCAUAUGCCCACAAGUUUAGACGGAAAUGGCGUAAUGAAAGGAGGGUUUAAUGGUACUUAUGAAUUGGAUUCAAAUUCUGAUAGUGGAAAUUCUUACUUUGAGGUUGUCUGGGAGAAAAAAGUUGGUUCCGGGAGUUGGGUUUUUGCUCAUAAACUCAGGACCUCCAAAAAGUAUCCAUGGCUUAUGCUGUACCUAAGAGCGGAUGCGACCGAGGGAUACUCCGGUGGCUACCAUUACGACACCAGAGGAAUGCUCAAAACUCUUCCAGAGUCUCCUAAUUUCAAGGUCAGAUUGACUCUAGACAUCAAACAAGGGGGAGGCCCUAAGAGCCAGUUUUACUUGAUUGACAUCGGCAGCUGCUGGAAGAACAAUGGCGCGCCUUGUGACGGAGACGUGCUCACUGAUGUAACCAGAUAUAGUGAGAUGAUUAUCAACCCAGAAACGCAGGCUUGGUGCAGCCCAACGAGUAUUGGCAACUGCCCACCUUAUCACAUCACCCCGAGUAACGAAAAAAUUCACCGCAAUGAUACUGCCAACUUCCCUUACGGAGCCUAUCACUAUUACUGCUCUCCGGGAAAUGCCCAACAUUUGGAGCAACCAAACAGCACUUGUGAUCCUUACAGUAAUCCGCAGGCUCAAGAAUUGGUUCAGUUGUUACCUCAUCCAAUAUGGGCAGAGUAUGGCUAUCCGACUAAAAAAGGAGAUGGUUGGAUUGGAGACAACAGGACUUGGGAACUCGAUGUGGGUGGACUUGCCAGCAGACUUUACUUCUAUCAGGAUCCAGGUACCACUCCUGCUAGAAGAGUAUGGACAUCUCUUGAUGUGGGUACGGAAAUUUUUGUUAGUACAAAAGAUGAAGUGGCGGAAUGGACUCUAAGUGAUUUUAAUGUCAUUCUUACUUAGCAAAGAGUAGCUCAAAGUCAUAUUGAUGCCAGCAUAGUUGUUGAAGUGAACAGCUGCUGGUUCUUUUCCUCUCAACAGAUUGAUAUACAUUAUUGUAAGCAAUUAACAGUUUCAAUUGCAAAUUCGUAACGUUUAAGGUUCUUCAUUUUAAACUUAUUUGUCAGCUAUGAAUGAAGAAAACAGCAAUACAGAAACAUGAAAUUUGACCAAUUUAGUAUU